AUGGAUGUUAAGAAGAAGUCGACGGCCUCCGGGUCCGGCAAGCAGCGGGCGUCGGGCAGCGGUCGCGGCGAGGAAGAGCAGCAGCCAGCAGGAGGAACUGAGCCGAAGGACCAAGAAGCGACGGAGACUACGUCGGAAUCUCGGCCCAGAGAGCCGCCAGAAGAAGGCCCUGGUGGUGGUCGGGCAGCAGAAGCAGCGGCCACGCCUACACCGCUGCUCUCGCCUCGAGAAGAGCAACAACUCAUCCUCACCGUGUACGCGGAGGCUCUGAGCGGGCACCUGACGACGACCAUCGACAAAGCCACUAAAUUCCUUCGGGGCCUCGGGAUCCGCAGCCGCCAGAGCGCGACGGAGGAACGCUCGCCGGAGGACUUCGCAGAUGCGUUCGGCGGGAAGGAGGGGGUUCUGGAGAGGCUCCUGGAGGCGGUGCAGAUGCUAAACGCCCUGGACAGAUCCCGAAGGAGCAGCCACAACGUCUUCGACAAGAUCCGGAGCAACUUGGCGGAACUGUGCUACGCUGUCUCGUCGUCUGAUGAGGACAGCGACGAGGACGCGAGCGAAGGAGGGGUCUUGGAGCAAGAGAGGCAACCGGAGGAGAAGAUGAAGGCCCUGCUGGAGGAGAGGGGGGAGGUGGUCGUCGAGACUUGGUGGGAGAGGUUGAGGAAGCAGUUGAAGGAGGAGCUGGACGUCUUCAGGCCUGUGCUGAAGAAGGCGCACUGGGAGCUCGUUGAAGUCUUUUGUGAGAAGUCGACGGCCUCCCGGUCCGGCAAGCAGCGGGCGUCGGGCAGCGGUCGCGGCGAGGAAGAGCAGCAGCCAGCAGGAGGAGCUGACCCGAAGGACCAAGAAACGACGGAGACGACGUCGGAAUCUCGGCCCAGAGAGCCACCAGAAGAAGGCCCUGAUGGGGAUCGGGAAGCAGAAGAAGUAAUAGCCACACUUACCUCAAAGCUCUCGCCUUGGGGAAAACUGCAUCUCGUGCUCGUGGUGAAUCUGAGGAUCUUGGAGCAGCUGCUGCACCUCGUCGUCUCUAAAGCCACUGAAUUCCUCUCGAGCUCCGAGGUCAGCCGCCUCCUGUAUUCGCAGGAGGAGGAGGACGACCCAGCAGGUCCGGGAGCCAGGGAGGCCAGCAGCGCAGCAGGUUCGUAUUACGAGGAGAUGGGGGUUGUCGAGGAGCUGCUGCAGGUGGUGGAGAUGCUGAACUGCAUGGACAAACCCCGGACGCAGACCAGCAUCAUCCUCGACAAGAUACUGAGCUGCGUGAGUAACCUGGAUCUGGUGUGCCACUUCCUGUUUCUUGGAAGCGACGAGGACGUAAGCAAAGCAGAGUCCGUGAAGCAAGAGAGUCAAAGUCCGUGA